AUGUCGGAUUCUACAGCUUCUCAAUCCCCCUCCGGAAACCCGGAGAUCGUGGAUCCCCUUGAACCCAACUCAGGAGGAGAUGACAUCUUCCACUCCGCAGUGUGCGUCGAGGAUGACCACUUCAAGGAAGGUUACAGUCAAGGCUACGCCGACGGUUUAGCUUCAGCAGUCGACAAGGAGGACGGCCGGCUUGUGGGCCUUAAGAACGGAUUUGAAGUGGGCGAAGAAUUGGGUUUUUACAGAGGUGUCAUUGAUGUGUGGAAUUCUGCUCUUCGGGUGGACGGGUCUUGUUUUUCGACCCGGGUUAUCGCCUGUAUCAAACGGAUGGAGGAUUUGCUGAACAAGUACCCGAUAUCCAACCCGGAAGAUGAGUCGGUUACUGAUUUGAGGGAUAAUUUGAGGUGGGAAUUCAAGAAACUUUGUCUCAGUAAGAACUGGAAUUUGGAAUAUCAGGGCUACCCCAAAGCUUCUGAAGCUGGAAGUCUUGAUUUUUGA